GGCGAAUACUCCCAGGUAUGUCUCAAUUGCCUCGUAUUUUUCUGCCAGCAGCAAUGUCUACGAUGUCCCAAACCGCUUCUCGAGUCUUCACUGUGAAGGUGCAACGGCCCCAUGAAACAGAGGCCGAGGACCAUGGGCAAAAUCUCCCCUCACAACUUGAAACCAUCCCCAAAGAUGCCAGUACUCUCCGGAUCGAGGACAACACCCCUUCUGAUGAGGAAUGGGCUCUUCUUGGGGAAUAUUUCACCUCCGUCGAGCAUCUAAUUUUUGAUUAUACCUUCGAGCUACGCUUUGAGGGGCCAACGAGCAAGGAAUUAAGCAAGGCACAUAGAGGGGCAAUUGCAAGGGGAGAGGCAGAGCAGAGAAGCCUAACUUUACAAAAAGAUACCCCGGAAGAGCGGAAGAUUGAAUUUAUCGUGAUACCGGAGCUGGUCAGAGAAUGGAUGCGACAGCGGAUGGAAGAGUUGGACGCCGCGCAAGAGGAUAGCCCUAAACAGCUGUUUCGCCCACAAAAGGAGACCGACACAAGAAUACUCGAGAUCGUGGAAAACGACGCCAUGGAUACUCUCUGUCGCAUGGUGAUGUCAUUGAGCGAUGUCGUUUACAAUUUGAAUACCCUUAAAAUCUGCUCGACAGAGGCCUUGGACUUUUCUUUCAUCGGUCCGCAGACGUUCGAAUCCAUCCUGCCAACGCUCGAGAACUUAGACACGCUUGUACUCAGCGUCGGCGAAGUUUUCGGGGACUACGACGUGCUUCCAUCGCAGCUGUACAAAUCUUUCCCGCCGAACCUGGCCACUCUUCGAUUCAGAGGCCCAGGUUCUCUGGUCACAUCCGAACACUGGAAAGGAUGGGUGGAGUCCUUUGGUUCUCCUGACUUUUUACCGAAGCUCAAGAAAUUGGGCUUUGUUCUUGACCUAGAUUACGAAGAGGCUGAAAAGGACUCUUACAGAAAAGUGAAUAAAGUGGAGAUUCCUGCAGAGGAGAGACUUGAACAGGCGAAGGCGGCCUGCGACGAGCUGCAUAGAGCUGCACACUGAGACGUGGAAUAUUGAUUGAGUCGUUUUAUGAUGCCUGAAGUAAACAAAGCUGAUUCUUUGACUAAAAGUAGGUGACUGUUGGCAGAUGUUGUGAGAGUGUGUAUGACUAUGAUUGAUGUACCUGUACUCUGAAAAAGAUUCUACUCUUCCUUUAAUAUAUUCAUAAAUGAGUG